AUGGAUCCGGCGGGUGCUGGCGCCGAAGCUGGCCCGUCUCGACUUGCCCCGAAGCGCCGUCGCCUGCAGUUCACCUCGCAGAUGCGCACCGCCAUCCCGCGCUACAACGACGACGGCACCGAGACGGUCGAAUACCUGCACCACCAGUCCACGCAGCGUCUCAAACGCAAGUGGGACAGCAUCUUUGAACGCUUCAAAGACGCCCAUUUGCAGGAGCAGGACGAGAUCUAUCUCGGCAACCGUGCCAACGGCGAACCCAUCGUCGUCGUCAAGGACCGCGGCAGCCUGCGAAGUCUGCGGCAGAGCAUGGAAUUCGGCGUAUUCAUCAAGGACGAGGAGCUCCAGGGCUGGAAAGACCGGCCUGAAGCACGGCAGCUCGACGAGGACGACGAGGCGGACGAUGACCUCGACCCCUCCCAUGCGCCCGAGUACGCACACCGCCCACAACAGCUCGAUGCUGAUUUUCAGCAGUCCGAUGACGACCAAAACGACCACGACCCAGCCGCCAACGACCCCGAUUUGCGCGAAUUCUUACAGGCAGAAGCGCAGCGCAAGGCGUUGCUUGGUGACCAUGCAGCCGACGACGAAGACGAUGACGACGACGUGGUCGACUUUAACCAUCCCUCCUGGAUCGACUACGACCUCAUCACACCUACCGCCGCUCCACGUCCACCACGGCCAAAACCAGCUCCUGCUCCGGUCAGAGUCAAGGCUGAAGCAUCGCCGCCUGUGCUACAACCCGAGCUGGACGCCUCUUCUUCGUCCGAAGACGACGAGGCCGACGUCGUCACGCUGCACAGCGACUCGGACGAAGAGCUCGUCGAGUCGAUCCGCACCAAGCGCCAUAAUGUCGAGCAGCUGCUCCAGUGCACCACCCCGUUCGAGACGCUGCCGUACAACGACAUUGUCGGCCUGGCGGGCCUGCUUGGAAUCGCAGAUAAGUCUGCGCGUCUCUAUGUCGAUCUUGUGUCAGACGACGAAGAGCCCGAGCCCGACGGUGCUGGACCAGAGCCUGGGCAGCCGACUCAUCAUCGGCCGUCGACACAGACCGCCGCGCCUCCUCCGGUGCAGUCUACGCCCGUGCAGUCGCCACGCAAGGUGCGCGUCAAGCUCGAGCCCAACCUCACGCCCGAAUCGCUGCGCAGCACCACACCGAGCCAGCCACAGCGCGCGCCUUUGUCAUCGCCGCAGCAAGCGGGUCAGAGCGACGCUAGUCCUACAGCACCCGCCGAGGUCUCUGCUGCGUCUGGAUCCACGCCGUCUCCACAGAUAGCAGAAAAGAGGCAGCCUGGUGCUGCAUCGCAUGCUCGAAUUGCGGAAUCGCCUCCGGCCGUGUCCGCUCCAUUUACGCCUGUGCGACGUUCACCGUCGACACGAGUCAGAUCUUCGGCUAGUGGCACCUCACACUCGUCGCGCCGCUCUCAAAUGUCUCGUCGGGAACGCACGCCUUCGCCGUCGGCAUCGGAAGACGAAUCGCUCUGUGGCGGCCCCACACGCUGCACCAAGACGUUCUGUCUGCACUGCGUCAGUCUCUCCCAGCGCAAAUCCUAG